GGAGUUACACCGAGCCGAAAAUCUGAACACGUUACAUCCGGUUUGUUCGCUCGCUUCCACAGCAGUCAUGGCUGCGUUUUCAGGUAAAAAUGACUUUUAUUUCCAAAUGUUUAAAGUCAAAAUCAGUCUGACAUCUUUAAAAACAGAUAUUAGGAUGUUCCGGUGUGAGCAGACUUACUAUAUGUGUUUGUUAUUUGACAGAAAUGGGUGUUAUGCCUGAAAUUGCUCAGGCUGUGGAGGAGAUGGACUGGCUGUGAGUGUCCGAAAGGCCAAAUUAAACAUUUAUGAUGUUUGUUUAUAUCAGCAUUAUAUUAUUAAUGUUGUUAUAAUCUGAACAGUUUAUCUGGUUUGUGUUGAAUCUUUAUUUUUAGGCUGCCCACUGAUAUCCAGGCAGAGUCUAUCCCUUUGAUCCUCGGAGGUGGAGAUGUUCUCAUGGUGGGUUUGACUCUGUUCUUUAAGGUUUAAUCUUUAUAUUGUCAUUUCUGAUAUUAUAAUGUCAAUGCUCAGAUGUUAUAAUCAUCCUUAUUUUGAUUCUGAUUCACAGGCUGCAGAAACUGGAAGUGGAAAAACAGGCGUGAGUUCAUGACAGUAAAUCCUCCCACAGUAUUUCAGCUUCACUUCUGAUGUUUGCACAGAAGUUUACAGUAAAAUCUUCAUGUUAUUGCAGCAGAAUAAAAAGACUGAAGUGCAGUGGUUCUCAUCCUCAGGCCUUCAGUAUCCCAGUGAUCCAGAUUGUGUAUGAGACCCUAAAAGAUCAGCAGGAGGGCAAGACUGGAAGAGCCUCCAUCAAGACCGGAGGAGCAAGUGAGACCACGUUAAUGUUUGAACUUUGUGCAGGACUCUCUGAUCUCAGACUUUGACAGUCUUCGAUUUCAAUUUAGGAUUCAUGAAAACACAAACAAUGAUGGGAGUGAUAUUUCCAGUUUUUUAAGAUGUUGAACCGGUUUUGUUUGUAUUUUUUUCUCUAUAGUUUUCAACAACUGGCAGAUGAACCCUUAUGACCGCAGCACAGCCUUUGGUGAGCAGUGUUUGGAGAAAUAAUGGUACAGCAAAUGCACAUACACCAUUUAUUCCUGUAUCUUCUCUGUCAACGUUCUCCUCUGUUUUUGCUCAACAGCGAUCGGUCCGGAUGGAUUGUGCUGCCAGAGCAGAGAGUUCAAAGAGUGGCACGGCUGUCGAUCCACUAAAGGGGUCUCUAAAGGUCUGAGACUGAAAACAGAAACUCUGGAGUUUAAAAAAUGACAACAGACUCUUUAUUUCUUGGACCCACAGUGUGACUUUGUUCGUGUCUUCUGGUUCCAGGAAAGUACUACUACGAGGUGGCCUGCCACGACCAAGGACUCUGCCGUAUCGGUUGGUCCACCAGUCAGGCCUCACUGGACCUGGGUAUGCCUCUGCGCUGUAAAGGAUUUAGUUGUUAAAACAGACUCAGUGAGGAGAUGAUUUAACCCUGAAGUCUAUUUUUUUCUUUCCAGGAACCGACAAGUACGGCUUCGGUUUUGGUGGGACUGGAAAGAAAUCCAACAACAAGCAGUUCGACAGCUAUGGGGAGGUAACAAACGUUGUAUGAUUGUGUUAUUUAGAUAUACAAACAGCUGUUGUGAUAAUUCUUGAACUUGUCUUUGCAGGAGUUCACCAUGCACGACACCAUCGGAUGCUACCUGGAUCUGGAGAAGGGACAAAUUUCCUACUCCAAAAAUGGUGCUGCCUCCAGAGAUCUCAUACUUAUCAUCCUAAUAAUAAUAAAGUAGAAUAUUAACAAUAAAGUAACUCAUUUUUCUUUCUCCUUUCCUCUCCAGGCAACGACCUGGGUGUGGCUUUCGACAUCCCUCAACACGUGAAGAAUCAGCCUUUCUUUGCCUCCUGCGUGCUGAAGGUUUGACGUCACAAUUAAAGAGAGAGAAAAAAUAUCAGAAGGGUCCAAACUUACAUCAUGCCAAUUAUUAAUCUGUGUCUGAUUCAGAACGCAGAGCUGAAGUUCAACUUUGGAGGAGAGGCCUUUAAACACACCCCCAAAACUGGAUUUGUUGCUCUGGAUCAGGCAACAGAGGGUCACACAGUCAAAUCUUCUCAGACAGGUGUGUCAGACACUUCAUCAGUUAUAACAGUCAAAGCCUCCUGUGGGUGAAGGUGGAACAGGGGCUACAUUUCUAGAAGUUGUCCACAAACUUAUGAUGACAUGAACACCGAGACAUCAUCUCUGGUAGGUUCACAAACAGCUCCUCUGCUCUGCUGUGUGUUUGUUCAGGCAGUGCCAAAGUCAGUCAGGUGAAAGCAUCAUCCAAUGCCCCCAAAGCUCUGAUCAUCGAGCCCUCUAAAGAGCUGGCCGAGCAGACCCUCAACAACGUCAAGCAGUUCAGGAAAUACGUGGAGAACCCGAAACUGAGGUACGACCUGGAUCAGAGCAGGCUGGAAAAUAUACCACAAUGAUAGCUAAGAAUGGAAGUGUGGGGUUGGUAUGUUUGUAGGUGUUGUUUUGCUCCAGCAGAUGGAGCCAGUGUUCAGUUUUAAACAAUAACAGAUUCUGUCUUUCUGCUGCAGGGACCUCCUGGUGAUCGGAGGAGUGGCUGCCAAAGAGCAGCUGGCCGCUCUGGAGCAAGGGGUAAGAAACUCGUACCUUCACUGAACCAACUUUAAACUAUCCUGAGGUCUUAGAGGGAGAGAUCAGGAAGGUUCAGGGAGAUGUGACGUGCUAACUGUGGAAUUACAGAUCUACUGAAACCGACUUUUAGCUGAUUUUCUGUGGACUACUUAUUUUCAGAUCGACAUCGUUGUGGGAACACCCGGCAGGUUGGACGACCUCAUCUCUACAGGGAAACUGAGCCUGUCUCAAGUCCGCUUCCUAGUCCUGGAUGAGUGUGUAAGUAAAGACAUGAAGGGAUCAGCAGUUAGAGUACAAACACAGUUUAUGUAGCUCUGCAUGACACCGUAACACCCCCUGGAGUCAGAGAUCAUUUGUCUGGUUUCUCUUCCCCCAAGGAUGGCCUCCUCUCUGCAGGUUACACCGACUUCAUCAACAGGAUCCACAACCAGAUCCCUCAGGUCACCUCUGACGGUAAAAGACUUCAGGUAACAGAUUCCCCUUUUCUGAAAACACUCUUAUAGAUGAAAGUACAGGAUGUUGAAUUAAACCCGAUCAGGUCUCAUUGGUGGAAAUCUUCUCUCUCAGGUGAUCGUUUGCUCCGCCACGCUGCACUCCUUCGACGUGAAGAAGCUGUCGGAGCGCAUCAUGCACUUCCCCACCUGGGUGGACCUGAAGGGGGAGGACUCUGUCCCUGAGACAGUCCACCACGUGGUGGUGCCGGUUAACCCCAAGAGUGACCGUCUUUGGGAGCGUCUGGGCAAGAACCACGUCAGGGUGAGUCUCUCGUGUUGAUCUGAGGAAAAAUACAGACGUGUUUUUUGUUCUCUAAUCUGAAACUUUUGAUUAUCUCGGCCUCGAAUCAUGCGUUUACUUCUUGUCUUGAUGAAUCUGUUUUACUCUGAUAGACCGACGAAGUCCACGCCAAAGACAACACCAGACCCGGAGCCAACUCUUCUGGUGAGAUCUGACUAUCAUGAUUUUUCUUUUCCAAACAAUCAAAGCUCUGAACUUUACAGCGUUAUCGUGUUGGUGUGCUUUUUAGAAAUGUGGUCAGAGGCCAUCAAGCUGCUGAAGGGCGAGUACACGGUGAGGGCCGUCAAAGAACACAAGAUGGACCAGGCCAUCAUCUUCUGUCGCACGAAGAUCGACUGUGACAACAUGGAGCAGUACUUCAUUCAGCAGGGAGGAGGUACAAGAGUUUACCUUUAAAUCCCAGAUCCUCUCUGGGUUAGAUUAUUCUAAAUUCAUAGAGCCUCAAUAUUGAUCCUCCUCCUCUUCAGGUCCAGACAGUAAAGGCCACCAGUUCUCCUGUGUUUGCCUCCACGGUGAUCGCAAACCAAACGAGCGGAAAAAUAACCUGGAGCGCUUUAAGGUAAAAGGAAAACCCUCCAGAGGAAGUAGAAGAAGAAGAAGUCUGUCGGUGUUUUAAAGGUUUUAUUUGUUUUCACAGAGGAAAGAAGUGAGGCUGCUGAUCUGCACAGACGUGGCCGCCAGAGGAAUCGACAUCCACGGAGUUCCUUACGGUAGAGAUGUUUGAUGAUCCGAAACCCGAUCAAAUGUUUUUGUGGAAGAAGGAGCUUAUCGAUUUUUGUUUCCCCUCCAGUGAUCAACGUCACGCUGCCCGAUGAGAAGCAGAACUACGUCCAUCGUAUCGGCAGAGUCGGUAGAGCAGAGAGGUAAAACUGAAAUCCAUCUACUCUGGUCUUCUGUUUGAAGGAGAACAUGAUCUAAAUAUUCGUCUGUCUCUCCUAGAAUGGGUCUGGCUAUCUCCUUGGUUGCGAUGGAGAAGGAGAAGGUACGGCGGAUAAUAGAAACACACUUUUAGUCUUUAGAUGAUCGAGUUUAAAAAUAAAGCUCUGACUUACUUCCUCCGUCCCCACAGGUGUGGUAUCACGUCUGUGCAAACCGAGGCCGAGGCUGCUACAACACUCGCCUGAAGGAGGACGGAGGCUGCACCAUCUGGUACAACGAGAAAGAGGUAAUCAGAGACGAAGACGUCGACUUCAGCGAGUCAGAUUUUCUGUUUUUAAACAGACUCUCAGUCCUUCUUGUGUCUUUUCUUUGUUUCACCUCUGAACAGCUUCUGUCUGAUAUCGAGGAGCAUCUCAAGUGCACCAUCACUCAGUGUGAGCCGGACAUUAAAGUACCUGUGGACGACUUUGACGGGAAGGUGACCUACGGCCAGCGCAGGGCUAUGGGAGGUAACCGACCUUUUCAAAUGACUCUGAACAAAAGCUUCAUAUUUAUAGUGUUUUUACUUUGAGCUUGACUAACAGACCUGCUGCUCCCACACAGGUGGAAACUACAAGGGGCACGUGGAUGUUCUGGCCCCGACAGUCCAGGAGCUGGCGAACCUCGAGAGAGAAGCCCAGAGUUCCUUCCUCCACCUGGGAUACAUGCCAAACCAGCUCUUCAGAGCCUUCUGAGCUCUGAGCCCAACACUCAGCACUACACUCUAGGAUACAGAAAAAUGAAGCAUUUCAAACCUUCAACAUAAACUUAAAAACAAAAUUAAAACGAGUACUAAAAAAGACGCUACAGUAACGAUGUUUGGAUAUUUACAAUCGAACUCCUGAUGAGUGUGUAGUCCUGUUAUUUGGUUUAUGAAUUGUUAAGCAUUCAGCCUGUGAACUUUAUUUUGAAGGACUACAUCUUUGGAGCUUGAAGAGACAAACUCCCUGAGAGCUUCUGCAAAAUCUGAUCUUAAAGAUCCUGUUUAUUUUUUUUGGCUGUUGAAUAUUUAAGUUUCUUUAAGGAAAACAGGUGAGAAUAUCAGUCUGUGUAUGUUUGAAUUCAAUAAUAAACCACAGUGUCCUGCACCCGGUG